UUCGCAGCCGCCUCAGUAGUCAGCUCUCGCUAUCCGCCCUCCUGCGCCGCUCGCGUGCGCGCGCCGCGCCUCACCUCGCCGCCGCCGCCGUCCCGGUCGCGAUGGCCCUGCGCCCCCCGGAGCUGCGGUGGCUCGGCUCGCUCACCCGGCCCGGCCGCCUCGCCCCGUCCCCGCUCGCGGCGCUCGCCUCCCCGCGCCGCCGCCGCCGCGCGCCGUCCCCGUCCCCUUCACCCUCGCCCUCAGACUCCUCCACCCCCUCCACCGCACCUGUAUCCACCGGCGGGCCUGGGGCGGAGGGUUUCGAGGGGCCGGAGUGGAAGAAGGUCAGCGCCAAGCGGUUCGGCUUCAAGGAGUCCAUGAUCCCCGCCGAGGCCUGGAACGUGCUACACCGCCUACGCAGCAGAGGAUAUGAUGUGUACCUUGUUGGUGGUUGUGUUCGAGAUCUCAUAAUGAAGAAGACACCGAAAGAUUUUGACAUAAUAACAACAGCUGAUCUUAGGCAGGUGAAAGACACUUUCUCAGGAUCAGCUGUUAUAGUGGGAAGGCGUUUCCCCAUAUGCCAUGUACAUGAGAACAAUUCCAUUGUUGAGGUGUCUAGUUUUAAUACUUGCGCAAGGGGGUCAAGUGGCAGCCCGAUUUACAAUUCAAAGAGCCAAAACUGUAGCAAGAAUGAUUUUGUUCGCUGGAGAAACUGUCAAGGGAGGGACUUCACAAUAAAUGGGUUAAUGUUCAACCCAUAUUCAGAAAAGAUCUAUGAUUACUUGGGAGGCAUUGAUGAUAUUAAGAAAGCUAAGGUUCGUACUGUAAUUCCUGCUGGCACUUCAUUCCAGGAGGACUGUGCCCGUAUUCUACGUGCAAUCAGAAUUGCAGCUCGGUUAGGGUUUAGCUUCCCCAAAGAAACAGCUUAUUAUGUGAGAACACUUGCCUGCUCAGUGGCAAGACUUGACAAGGGAAGAAUACUCAUGGAGAUGAACUAUAUGCUUGCUUAUGGUUCAGCUGAAGCUUCUUUAAGGUUGCUUUGGAGAUUUGGUGUCCUUGAACAUUUGUUGCCCUUUCAGGCAGCUUAUUUUGCUUCAACUCGUUUUAAGAGGAAGGAUAAAGGAACCAAUAUGCUACUUGUUUUAUUUUCUAAGCUGGAUAAUUUUCUUGCACCCAACAGGCCAUGCCAUAAUAGUCUAUGGAUAAGCCUUUUAGCCUUUCAUGAAGCUUUGGCACGCCAACCAUGCGAUCCUUUGGUGGUGGCUACUUUUGCACUAGCCUUCUACCUGGGAGGUGAUAUGUCAUUGGCAGUGGAUAUUGGAAAAUCAAUCAACCGGCAACAUGAUACUAGCUUUCGAGAGCUUUUAGAACCCAAAGUCUGGGCUGAUAAGCAUUUGGUGGAUGAGGUACAAAGCUUUGCUGCAUUGAUGAAGCAGGCGCUAACUGAAAUGACUGAUGAAUAUUUUGUCGCAAAAGCUAUGGCGAAAAUUCCUCAAGCACCAUCCUCAGAUCUUUUUUAUCCUACUCUAGGUAUUUAUACCACUACAAGCAUACCUGAAGGUUGUCAAAUUCAUUGAGUGUGUUCAGUAUGGCAAAAAAGAGCGUGGCUAUGAACCAAAAAGUGAUGGGAAGAUCAAUUACCAUAACCUGUCUUAUGGUACACAUGCAGAAAUAAGAAAUCUCUUUACACUGGUCGUUUUUGACACACUAUACCCCACAGACAUGGAGGAUCAACAUGAUGGCAGUUCUUGAAAGUAGAUCGUGAUUAGUGUGAACCAUUCAAGGCGUUCAGGGGACCUGAAGCUUUGCUCGAUCAUAAUAGAUUACCAGGGCCAGAAAUUGAGGUGCUGCAGCAAAGGCGGAAUAUCAGUUGCCAUUGGCCUAUUGCUUGUUCUGAUGCUGCUGGUACGUUCUCAUCGUGGGCCUACGUCACAUGGCUAGAGCUCAAGCUUUCUGGGUGGAGUUGAUAGUUUUCUAAAUAAAACAGACUGUAGGGAGUUCAUAUUCUUUCUAACUGUUGCAGGUGCUGUCAUAAUGUGAAAACCAUUAAUAUGUUGAAUUUGUUCUUGGACCCUUUCUGGACAAGGGAAUAGAAUAUGUGAAAACCAUUCAAUUUAGUCCCCAAAUUUUUUUUC